CCUAUUUGAUAUUGAAUGUCGUGCAUCGUAGGUCAGCGCAAUGUGAAUCCUCCAUUAGUACGGAACAAUACUAUUUUUAGCUGACUUGAAAUGACAACAAUACACAGUACGGACGCGAUACGGAUACAUUUAAAACUGAACAGCACUAUACAAGAGUGAACUAUACUACACAGAAGUAUAUUCAAGUUGCAUCUAUUGCUAACCAUGGCUUCAAAUAGGAGUACAAAAGAAGUUCUAUUAUCACUUAUAGAUGAUAUGGAAUUGAUAGCAAAAGAGAUGAUAGAAAACACAAUUGCUCAAAAACCAGCAAAGCUUUCAAGUACAGAACAUGCCCAACUCACUGAAUUGUUGGUUGCAAAAGAUAAUGAAUUAAAAGCAACAUUAAAACGAGCUGCUGAACAGGCCAAAAUUAACUUGAAAAUGGAGGCCCUGAAAGCUGAAGUAGAAAGACAAGAUCAGGACAUCCAGCAACUGCAACGACAGCUAAAAGAAGCAGAGCAAAUCUUGGCUACAGCAAUUUACCAAGCAAAACAAAAAUUGCAAUCUAUUGCACGUGCCAACAAGAGACCUGUUGCUUCAGAAGAACUUAUUAAAUAUGCACAUAGGAUAAGUGCAACAAAUGCUAUUUGUGCACCAUUAUCAUGGCAACAGGGAGAUCCCAGGAGGCCGUAUCCCACAGAUAUCGAAAUGAGAUUAGGAUAUCUAGGACGACUAAGUGAUAUACCUCUAAAUGGACAAAUGCUUGGGUCUCAUCCAAGCAUACCAUCAGACUUACAUAGAGCAGGACACCCUGCUGGAGAACCACCUGUUUCACAAUCCAACCAAUUUGCAUGGCAUCCGUCGGGAGAGAUUCAUAUGUCUGUUGGUGGCCAAGGUAGUGUGGCUGUGAAUACACACAAACAAGAAACUGAAGAUGUUGAAGUUAUGUCUACAGAUUCUUCGAGCAGUUCAUCCAGUGAUUCUCAAUAGAUAUAAAUUUAUAUAUUUAUAACUCUCAGUAGAUAUAAGUUUAUAUAUUUAUAGUUCUCAAUAGAUAUAUAAAUAUCUUUGUAUUAAACACUACAUAAUAUUUAACUUAAACAAUAAAAUGUGAAGAUUUUACAUAU